AUGACGUCCCUUGUAACAAUUCCAAGUCUAAUACAACCUGUACUCCUGCUCGCCGCCGCACAUCAUGCCGUCGCUGCUCCACUGCUCCAGUCAUCUCAGCGCCUCGCACGAAGAGACGACGACGGGGGGUCGAAUGCUGUACGCAUAGCGGUCCCUAUCGUCGUUGUAGUCGGCCUUGUAGUCGUUGCACUCAGCGUCCGCUUUCGGACACAAAUCGGCUCUGGCUUCAAACGACUAUUCAAUAACCGUGUGGUAGCUCCUGCGACGACGACAGCACGCGCAAGCGAUGGCCCCCGCGAGCUCACCGCGGCUGAGAUGACCGGGACACCCGCACCAGCGGUGACGACCCGGCGACCAAGGCGUAACCGCCGCACACCCAGCCAAAUGUCGACCACAUCCCUGCCCGUCUAUGCCAAAGAGGCGGGUGACCACGAAUUGGUUAUCAUCCAAGGUUCGCAAGAGCUCGAGGACGAACCUGCCGCAACGGCACUCAUCAUGCCUGCUGUGGAGGAGGGCGAAUCUGACAGUGGCCAUUCUCAUGAUCCUCAACGUGCACGAUCACACUCCCGCGAGUCUUCCUACGUGAACGUCGAGUCCGGAGCUCACGCAUCUACACCUUUACUUUCUGACGACGAAAACAUUAACGACAACAGCCAUCAUAAUAACGCCUUAUCACCCCUCACGACCACCGCCGCGCGUGCUACCAACUCGAGCAAUACCAAUCUGCUCUCUUCGGAGCCCGAGCAAGGCGGUAACGACCCGCGUGGCGAAGCUCCGCCAUACUUCGAGGUGCUCGACAGCCCUGACGGCCUCCAACGUAUUGAUACUCACGACACCCUACCCAUCGCUCCUGCCUUGACACGCUCGUCGGAGGACGACCGAGUAGCACCUCUGCCCGAGACCACCGCUGCACCUGCUACCGAGACCGUGCGACGUCGGUCAGUCUUCCGCGGAUUGAUACACGCUCUCAACCCGCUUGCACGUCAUGACGACCAACCGACGUCGCAACCUACGGACUCGGAAGCGCAACAGCAGGAGCAACCUAACCCUCCGCGGGCCUCAACAUCCCGUUUGAGCACCCGCCAGAAUGUUACAUCUCAUCGCCCUUCGCAGUCCACUGGCUCUGUCUUCAGCCUCGCGUCAUCCGGUUUCCAUCGAACAACGUCGCGUGUGUCUAACGCCGGCCCGUUGACGUCCCCGUCCAUGCUGUCCGUCCACUCUAUUUCGGCGCCGCUCACGCACACCGCGGUGCGCACCGACAUCGUCUACCCGCGCACGGGACCUACAGCGGAACAGAUCAAGUACAUCUCGUCCCGCGAGGCCGUGGCCAAAUUCGGUGUGCCCUUUGGUGACGCUGCCGUGGCAUAUCAUCAUGCCAGCUCAAGUCGUGUGAACCUUGCUGAGCCCGUUCCGGAUUACGAGGAGCGUCCGAGCAUAGACUCGCGUCGGAGCCUUGACACUCGCCGUAGCAUCGAUGGCUUGCCGAGUCCGAGCAGUGCCGCCCGCGAAAGUCCGACUCUCAUGCGCCCGCGCUCGCACCUGAACAACGUUGCGAAUGCGGAGUCCCAGGACUUGACUUCCCGUGCUGACGUUUCGACCUCUACCUCAGCGCCGAGUAUGUCUCCGGACGCGAGCUUAGACACAGGAGCCCCGACAGACACUCCCGAUACAUCACUGGAAUCUACGGCACCCGAAACCAGCGAUGAGAAGGAAGCCGACGACUUCAUGCCCUCAACCCCGCACAGGAAGGACGCCACAAUCAGUGGGCGUUCCACCAUCGGGCGCUCAUCCGUCAUGACCGUCAAGGGUCACCGCGCUGAGUCUACGGAUGGUACAAUUACCCGUGCAUCGACCAUCACUGUGCGCGCUCCGAAAAUGGAGGCACAGGCUUCGAGCUCAUCUACCUCAACCAUCCCUGCGACACCUGAACUCUCACCCUCAACUUCUGCGACCUCACCAACGCCAACUUCUCCCGCUGACAAGCACAUUCCUGCCCCCAUUUCUGUACCCUCCGCCGCGAUCCCCACCUUCACCACAACCCCUGCGCAAGCCCUUGGGCCGCGCAAAUCCAACCCUGUGCCAUCCAACGCCCCUCCGACUGCCUUCAAGGCUCCCUUGUCUGCGACGAUGCCCAACCGCCCAGAAUCCCGAACGGAUUCGAUCAACUCGGUCGCUACCUUUGCUACAGCGCAGUCGCAGUUCCCGCAGUCGGCUGUAGCGUCAGAGUUCGGCCAACUGGAUGGUCCUCGCACGGAUUCUCCCGCCGGGACGAUGACCUCCACUGAGGACGAGAUGGUGUCUGCACCUAGUACGCCGCGGAUCAACGCGACGACUAUAUCCGCAUAA